CGAUUCCCCAAAUUUCGUAAAGGCUUUCUCUUUGCGCCUGUACGAAUAAUUGAAGGUCGAUCCUGAGUGUAAAAGGGACCAGUAUAUACCUCCGUACAUACCAGAGUACCUCCUCCGACUGUCCCUCAGCACCAUGGCAGAAAGCACAGGCCCCACGAAAGUGUGGACAACCCUCAUCACAAACAAUGCCUACCUCCCCGGCCUCCUAACCCUCGAGUACUCACUCCGCAAAACCAACUCCAAGUAUCCCCUCCUCGUCCUCUACACGGACUCCUUCCCUGCCGACGGCCAUGCAGCCCUCGAUUCCCGAGGCUUAAUGAAGAAGCGGGUUUCGCACCUUUCUCCUUCGCAGCAUAAAGACUACACAAAUGACCCGCGGUUCUACGAUUGCUGGAGCAAGCUUACGCCAUUUUCCUUGGUGGAGUAUGAGCGCGUUGUACAAUUGGAUAGUGAUAUGGUGGUUCUGCAGAACAUGGAUGAGUUGAUGGAUAUUGAGCUGGAUCCACCGGCUAUGGGUGUGACUGGGAAUCGGGUGUUUGCAGCGAGUCAUGCGUGUGUUUGCAAUCCGCUCAAGAAGCCUCAUUACCCGAAGGAUUGGAUCCCAAGCAACUGCGCCUUCACAUCUCAACACUCCACCCCUGACGAAGCCCAAACAACCGGCGCCCCAUGCAUUUUCGGCAUAGGACAACCCAAUGGUGGUCUCCAAGUCGUUAACCCCUCGCAAGCAAUCUACGACAAAAUCAUCAGCCAGCUCGACGAAGCCUCAACCUCCAACUACGACUUCGCCGAUCAGUCGCUUCUCUCUGACCUCUUUCGCGGGCGAUGGGUUCCGCUGCCGUACAUUUACAAUGCGCUCAAGACGCUGCGGUGGAAGGGCGUGCAUGAUACUAUCUGGCGGGACGAGAAUGUUAAGAAUGUGCAUUGUAUUCUGAGUCCAAAGCCGUGGGAUGAGGCUGAGAAGGAGAGUAAUGAUGAGACGCAUGAGUGGUGGAAGGAUUUGAAUGCGGAGAGGGUGAGGGAGGAAUUGAGCAGGGGGGUGAAGGAUGGGUUUCAGGUUAAUUAUCGCUAAGGUUACUGGGGUGUAUCUGCCUGGCUAUCUCCAUCCAUUGCGCAGAAUUUGCAUAUCUAUAUAUCUCUGUUAUAUUAAUAUCUACACGGCUUACAUAGCAGUGUCUGCCCUUGCGGUACUGUAAUUGACGGUAAAUUCAUUGCAUAAAAUCCGCCAAUACACUUAGCUUGGUGCAUAUAAAUCUCAAACAUGGU